AUGGCGGCAGGUCGUGUGGACUUAAAAUGGGUGCGGCGGCGCGUGACGGAAGCGCUCCUUGUGAGCGGCGCGGUCGUGGCGUGCCUCGUUAAUCACCAUGUUCCCCAUCCAUAUAUGGACGAGAUUUUCCACGUGCCGCAGACUCAGCAGUACUGCCGAGGGGACCUGCUGACGUGGCAUCCGCUCAUCACCACGCUUCCUGGCCUGGCAACCUGUAGUUACUACCUAGCUCUUGUAUUCGUGGGCGCGCAAUACGCCUUCCUGCAACUUCUAGGCAUUGUUAAAACCGCUGCCCACCUCGCGUCCACGUCAGACGCCAGGUCAGACGCCACGUCAGCAGCAGGCGUGUCGUUCGCAUCCCUAUGCUCCCCUGUGACGCUGCGAUCCCUCAACCUCCUCCUCCUCGUCCUCUCCUUCCCUCUCUUCUACUCCACUGCCCGUGCUGCUGCUGCUGCUGCUGCUGCUGCCAGUGCUGCUGGUGCUUCUGAUGCUGCUGGUGCAACAGUAGUUGCAGCUCGUUCAAAGAAGGCAGGCAGCAAGCCCCAUUCUCGACCUCGAGGUGUCGCUGCCUUGCUCCACAGAUACGAAACCCGAUAUGACACCAGAGACGAAACGCAAGAUGACACCAGAGAUGAAACGCAAGACGAAGCUGGAAACGACGCGCAAGCUGACACCAAAAGCCGCCCCCCCGUGCACGCGCCUUGGGACGAGGUCGACGAGGACUGCACGUGGAGGGCGGCGAUGUUUGUCCUGUUCCCCCUGCACUGCUGGGCUGCUGGCUAUGAUUCGACGUGUGUACAAGAGGCAGCACUACCGUGCCGCGUUGGUGAGCGCUCUGCUCUUCCCGGUUUCAGCAGCCUCUGGCUAGCAGCAGGCAGCAUCAUCAUCCGCCAGACCAACGCCGUGUGGGCCCUGCUCUGCCCACUCUCCUCAUCACCUACUUCCCCCAUCCCCUUAUCGCCCCUCUUCCCCCGCGUUUUCCCUCCCCCCUGGCAGCUAGCAGCAAGCAGCAUCAUCAUCCGCCAGACCAGCGAACUAGCAGCAGGCAGCAUCAUCAUCCGUCAGACCAACGCCGUGUGGGCGCUGCUCGCUCUCUGCCUCUCCGCCUCGCACUUCCUGGCCGUGCCAGUGCUUCUGAACCCCCAACCCCAAGGGACUCCAAAGCUGACAACUUCUCUGAAAACUCCCAAGGGGACCCUAAAAGACGAGGUGGAAAAACAGGAUGCGGAAAAGGACAAGGCGGAAAGAGACGAGGACAGCAGGGGCCGAGCCGAUGAACAUGGGACCUUACGGAACGGCCUUGUCACCAAUUCACAAGACAGAAGCUUCCAGGAUCCUUCGUGGGCGACUGGGGCGGCUGUGAGAGGGGAGGAAGUGCCUAGGGCGCUGCUGCUGCUGAUGCACCGAGCGUGGGCCGUGCGGGGGAACUUUCUCAGAAACUUCUUCCCGCUGCUGGCGGUGUUGGCGGCGUUCUUUGUCUUUGUGCGUGUCAACGGGGGAAUUGUCGUCGGAGCGCGCACAGAGCACCGCCUCUCCCCCCAUCUCAUGCAACCACUCUACUUCGCAGCCUUCUCCGCCCUCUCCCUCUCCCCCCUCCUCCUCGCCCCCUCCUCCCUCCUCCCGCUCCUCUCCACCACCUCUCACUCUCUCCGAUCAUCCCCCGGUCGCUGCCUCGUCCUCUCUCUCCUCGCCUCCGCCCUGCUCUUUCUGACCAUCAAACACUUCAGGUAUUCUGGUCGCCCUAUCCUUUUCUCCGUCUCCCCCCCUCUUCCCCACCUUCUCCCCCUCCUCUCCACCACCUCUCGCUCUCUUCGAUCAUCCCCCGGUCGCUCCCUCGCCUCCGCUCUGCUCUUUCUGACCGCCAAACACUUCAGGUAUUAUCGUCGCCCCAUCCUUUUCUCCAUCUCCUCCCCUCUCCACCACCUCUCGCUCUCUCUGAUCGUCACCCGGUUGCUGCCUCGUCCUCUCUCUCCUCCUCUGCUCCCUGCUGUUUCCGAUCAUCAAACGCUUCAGCCUCGCCCACCCCUACUUACUAGCGGACAACCGUCACUACCCCUUCUACAUCUGGCGCCGGCUCAUCAACCCUUCCCACAGCCCGCCACGGCGCUUCCUGCUGCUGCCACUCUACGCCAUCUCACUACUCACCGUCUACCACACCCUACGCCGUGCCAUGACCCCUCUAGGGCUCUUAUUUUUCUCAGCCGCAACAGCAGCAGUGCUCGUACCAUCUCCACUCCUUGA